UCAUCUCAUGAAUGACUUAACACACUAUUAGUCACAGCAAUCACAACAACACAACAAAAUGUGUUCUCUAUGUUUUUCUGUGUCUCAUCAUCAGACUCCAUUUCUCUUCUCCUAACACGCGCCCUGUAGCACAAAGAGUUUCUAUUCUGGUCCUUCUGGUCAUGUGAGUGUGGGGGUCAGGGGCUUGUGGUCAGGUUUACAGGGCCGCUAUGAGCUCACUGCUGACCCCAUACACAGCAGAUGGCCCUCUCUCUGCAUGCUGGGAUAGGGUAGGGCUCACGACUCACUGUCCUGGAAAGACCCUCACAGUGGAGGUGGAUAUCACACACACACUUCUUCUCAUGUAGCCUCCUUUAGUCAGAAGAGGAAGCAGAGUGAUUGUCCCUGCUUUCAGCCGCUUUACUCUGCUGUGUGUCUUAGUGGAUUUGGUUUCAGAGCAUUGACUUCAAGACUUAAGCACAAGGUCUGACUGGGUGGAGAUCGUGGAGCCGCGCUCGAGGGAGCGCAUGUAUGUCAACCUGCUGACCGGCGAGUGCGGAUGGGAACUACCGCCCGGUGUCCCGGUCCGUCAGUCGGACGGCAACCAGUGGUGGGAGCUUUUUGACAGCAAUAACAAUCGGUUCUACUACUACAACUGCACGAGCCAGCAGACGGUCUGGCAUAGACCUAAAGACAGUGACAUAGUGCCUCUAGCGCAGCUCCAAGCCAUGAAGAGGAGCUCCGAGGACGAGUUUAGGGGUCAGGGGAGGGUUCAGAGAGGUCCGGCGGAUGGCAAGCGGACACCUCAACCUGGACUGGGGUCUUCUUCACUGGAGCAGGAGAGUGGGAGGGAGACGCCUUCGUCCAGGGGUAAAGGAGACAGUCUGGAGAAAAGAAACCAGGGAAAUAGGGACUCCGCUCAAAGAUGGCAGCCUGCUCCUGGAUCCAAGGCUGCCAUGUUGGUGAAAGUUAACAGCAUUGGAAGAAACCAGUCUCUUGGUCCAGCUACUGCCCACCAAUUGCUCCACCUCAACCCCGCCAACACUAGCACUUCACCCAAACCAGGUUACACAGCGCAACUUGACAGAACCGGUCUGCUCAGCAAAAUGGCUGUUCCUGGAGACUCCAAGCAGGGUUACCACCUCAAAAAGGGGGAUGCCAACAUCUGUCUGGUUUUGCCUCCUUCUAACUCUUCCUCUUACUCUGCCCACCAGCGCUCUGGUGCAGGUACAUCUCGCCCCUCCUCUCCUCAGUACGGAGCUACACCCUCAGUGCCCAUCUACGAUGUACCUCCACCAAUGGAUCCCCCCAUUUAUGAUGAACCCCCAGUGGAAAUGGAAGUAGAAGGUGCGCACCACUUACACCGGGUUCCCUACUCCACCAGUCACAGCCUGCAGAGAGGAACCCAGCCUCCUAGACUCCUCCAGUUCCCCAAUUCCAAACACAUCUGCAGCUCUUCAGCUAGUGAGUACAGUCCGGCUGGCCGGGAAUGCAUCAAACACAUGGUGAAUGUGGAUGCAGCUGCAUCCAAGCAUCAGCCCCAGACGUCUAACCCUGUCGAGGGGCCUUCAAAUCCAGCCAGUCCUCAAAUCCAGCCCCAGUCUCCAGUCUCUGCCCAGAUUAAGAAGGAAGUGUCUCUGGAGAAGAAGCAAUCAUGGAGGCUGUUGGAGCCCCGCCACAGCCGUCAAAGCAGUCUGGCCUCUCAGGAGUACCCAGGCUCUGCUGCCGUCACUUACCAGGACUCUGGCUACUCCACAGGGCCGUCCCCAAGUCUGAGAAGGAAGAACCGACGUCAUGCAGCUCUGGGCACUGGGUCGGGUCGACCCGGGUCGGUGGGAAGCAGUGGGGAGUUAAAUGCAUUGAAUGAGAAGCUAAUGGCGGAAAUGAGGGCGGUGGUAAACCGUUCCAAUGCACUUCAUGGAAGCAAGGCCAGUCUGGACACUGAGAUGGGCUCAGAGGCCUCUGGAAGUACUGCCCGCUCCCUGAUCAGUUCACUGAAGAUGGGGGCAAGAGGGGGUGAAUCAAGGGAGGAUGUGACAUCAAGUAACCGGUCACUCUAUAGGGGUGGGGGCAUCAACCACGGUGAUGUCGUGUUGUCAGCACUGGUGACAGAUGGUCUUGGAGGCCGGCAAAAAAGGACAUAUGAGAAAGUGGAUUCACUGGAGAGGAUCAUAACAUCACAGACUAGCUUGUCUUCCCCAGAACCACCAAGGUCACGCUCACAGACAGGAACACUGGAAUCCAACACUCAGCAGGACGUCUCGCCCCAGGACUGUGACCAUGACAGAGCGGGUCGCGGAACUGCCCACCUCAGCCAUAAAAACAACAACAACAGUCCCCCUCCUUCCGUUGGCGGCGGGGGUUCUGGUUACCAGUACCCAUACACCACCCUCUGCAAACCUACACCUGACGUCAACAUGGAGGACUGGGCCAGCAAGAACCUUAACCAGCACACGCAGGGCCUGUUUCGCCGGCGCGUCUCCAUUGCUAAUAUGCUCUCUUGGAACCGUGGCUCCAUUAAGAAACCCAUGCUGGUCACCAGCGACCGGUCUGUCAAAAAGGAAGCCUGCGAGAUGUUCAAGCUGGUCCAGGCCUACAUGGGCGACAGGCCGGCCAGGUUGGACAAACGCCACGCGGCCCUUCAGGUGGUCACGAAGUGCUGGGGGAUGCAAGGCUUGAGGGACGAACUGUACGUGCAGUUGGUGCGACAAACCACCGGAAACUUGAGUUUGAGGAGUUUGGAGGCGGGCUGGGAGAUGAUGGCCAUCAGCCUAGCGUUCUUCUCACCUUCGCCCAAGUUUAGGCGCUACUUGGAAGGCUACAUCCAGCGACACCUUGAGCCCAGUAAUGAUAAGAAAAUACUGCAGCACAUCAUGGAGCGGCAGGACAUAAAAAACAAGAAGCAUUCAAAAUCCAGGAAGAAGAGGAGACAGAACAACGAGGAAGAAGGUCUUCCCAUCAGCACUUACGCAAAGUACUGCUACCGAAAGCUGCAAAAAGUGGCCAUUACUGGGGGCAAGAAGGGUCUGAAGAAGCCCACUCUGGAGGAGAUUGAUCACAGUCGGAACGCCAUCGUGACCCCGUCUCUGUUCGGCAGCGCUCUGGAGGAGAUCAUGGAGAGGCAGAGUGAGCUCUUCCCCGAGAGGAAGCUGCCCUGGGCGCAGGUGCAGCUCUCUCAGUGUGUGCUGGCCCUGGGGGGAGCCCAGACCGAGGGCAUCUUCAGAGUCCCGGGGGAUAUUGAUGAGGUGAAUGCUCUCAAGCUACAGGUGGACCAGUGGAAACUUCCAGACAACCUCUCUGAUCCCAGUGUCCCUGCGUCUCUGUUGAAGCUGUGGUACCGAGAGCUGGAGGAGCCGGUGAUUCCUCAGAGCUUCUACAAGCAGUGCAUCAGUCACUAUGAAGAUCCCGACGCAGCCAUCGGUGUGGUGCAGUCGCUCCCGGAGCUCAACAGACUCGUGCUCUGCUACUUCAUCAACUUCUUACAGGUCUUUGCUCAGCCGGUGAACGUGAGUAGGACUAAGAUGGAUGUGAAUAAUCUGGCGAUGGUCAUGGCUCCAAACUGCCUGCGCUGUCAGUCUGACGAUCCUCGAGUCAUCUUUGAAAACACGCGGAAAGAGAUGUCCUUCCUCCGCAUACUCAUCGUCCACUUGGACACCAGCUUCAUCAAGGGCUUAAUCUGAGAGUUCUUCGUUAUUUUGCGCCAUCUGAGUUUUCCAUCUGAGAAUCCUCUUUAAGCAUCAUAAUAUUAGUUCGGACAAUGUCUAAACUGAUCCAGCUUUGGCUCAAUGUGAAUCAUCCUGACUCUUAUGACUCUUCUUGAAGCCUGACAUUAUUUGAACUGCAUCAAUUGACUCCACAACAAAACAAAUGCACGAGGUUUGUCUUUUGGGGUUUGAUAUUUCUUCUGUCUUUUGUAUUGAUUAGCAGGGAAAUACAUCCAUUGGACAAUCAUAAUAACACACAUGCAAUAUGACCUGCAGCGUAUAUCCUUAAUUUAAUAUGGUAUGAGUGUUCUGAUUAUUUGAUAGGAUGUUUGUAAGCUCAAGUAUGAGUGUGGGGAGAGUUACUGGCUUCAGUUUAUGUUUGCACGGCUGAGUAUAAGCAAGAAGAGCUGAAUUAAUGUUGCAGAGCUGGGGACCACAAAGACAGCUGUGAAAUACUUCACAUGGUGGUCAGAGCUUGAGGUCUGGUGCCUUACGUGAGAACGAUCGCUGAUGUAUAAGAUGAAUAAGUGCCCAUGAACAUAAACACACCCUCCAUGUUUCUGACUCCAAAUGAUCUGGUACAGUCUGACCCUCACAGUACUUUUCCCAGUCGUCCCAUUUGGAAAUAGAAGAUUACACUUCCAGACGUGGUUUGGCUACAUCAAAGAGGAUAAUGCAGGACUAAACUGUAGAAAACUGAACCAGGAACCAGAUUGGAACCAGGAACUGUUCCUCUCCCAAGAUUUCAGUUAAUCCAGCAGCUCCAACAUCUGUGUUUUUCAUAUUUGCCCACAAUGCCCAGGCUGAAUAAAGAGGAGACUUAGGCCAGAACCAUACUCUAAAAGUACUAAAUAUGCAAAUACAAAAACACACCAAGACAUUCAUACUGUUUCUGUUCCACUAAUAUUAAGCAAUUAAAGAGACUAAUGAUCAUUGGUCGAAUAGAUGAAUAGCUCCACCCCAAACUCACGCCAUUGGUUCAGCUGUUACCAUAUCAGCCUUGUAGUCUAAAUGUUUAAACAACAUGUUUACAUUUUUCAGGGGAAUCAAAUUACAAAUGACUUGCAUAUAGUUGUCGCUGCAUUAUUUUGGGAUAUAGGAAAGUACGUAAACCUUGACGAGGAGUUUUGCGUUACUGUUUCCAUACUGAAUUUACCUGAAGUGGAGAUAUAUACCCUUUAUAUAACCCUCUACCCUCAUUCACUAUUUCCUAAAUGAGUCCACUGAUAAAGUCCACUUGAAGAAGUGAACGAACUGGAAGCGGAGUUCAGUUGGUGCUACACUUAAGUGGUUAGCCAUUGAGUGUACAUCAGUCGUACACUUGUUGUUCCAGGCUUUCACAUCAACACUCACAGCAUCUGAACAUGGGGAAAUCACAGUCCAUUCUUGAUCCUUUACUCAAAACUGAACUUCCUUGAUUCAUCUCUGAUUUCCAAUCAAUCACAUUUCCUAUUGAUAUAAUGUGGGAUCCCCAAUAGCUGUGCCUGUGCUUCUGUAUACAGACCUCUCAUCUGACUGAUCGUUGUGUUUAUGAAGCUCAAUGGUGAAAGUAAACAAGCCCCUUCCUUGUUGCACUUCCCCCUCCGUUCCUUCGGCUUCCUGUGGGUCUGUGUCAUCUCUGCAGAGACUGAGACUCCUCCUGCACUCUUACUGUAAAUGAGUUCGUCUUAUUAUUAUUAUUUUUGCUCUCUGUGUGAGAAGACAUCAGUGAAUUAUGGAUGUGUGUUUAAAAUUUGCAUAGUUUCAUAAAGAACUCUGAAAUAAAAUUUGUAAAUUUGUAUAAUUGUA